GACGACGUCCUGGAGCUACCUCGAUUGGAUUCUGCAGAGGGCGAGCGUGGAGAUCCGAUCCUGCCACAGGGAGACCUUGACCCGCGACUGCUGACACGCACACCAAGUCCUACCCCAAGCGAAAAUGCUUAUCUUUCGCGAAAAAGCGUUAUCAACUGGUCGAGACUGCGCACGCGAGCGUUUUGGCUGAGGCGGGAGCUCGCAUGGCAUUACCUCGCGGCCGUCAUUGUCAUCGUGCUCGUCACGUUGUUCUCGCACUAUGAGAGAAGCAUUGUCCAUGCAUUGAGGCCAAUCGCGACGUGGAUGAGAGAUAAGAAAUACGGGUGGUUAAUACCCAUCGGGGUGUUGUUCGUAAUAUCGUUUCCUCCGCUUCUCGGUCAUGAAAUCGUCGCCAUUCUGUGUGGACUUGUUUGGGGACUGGGCAUCGGUUUCGGAAUCGUCGCUGCUGGAACGUUGAUUGGCGAGCUUGGAAACUUCUAUGCUUUUAGAUAUUGCUGUCGUUCGCGAGCUGCCAAGAUGGAAAAGAAUACCAUCCUAUAUGCGUGCUUCACUAAGAUUGUCAGAGAAGGCGGAUUCAAGAUUGCGCUAAUCACGAGAUACAGCAUCCUUCCCGGUCAUUUAACGACCGCGGUAUAUUCGACAUGCGGACUCGGCGCAGGCUUGUUCACUGCGGCAGCCUUCCUAUCCCUUCCGAAGCAAUUCAUGCUUAUCUACAUCGGCGUACUGGUGGAAGACUCAGAUAAAGGCGAGUUUGUUCAUCGAAGAUGUCAUCUACCUCGCUACAACGAGAAAUCCUAG